CGGCCCAGCUUUAAGAUGGGUGACGUUAGUAACGUGGAUUAUAUAGUCCAGCCUUCUCCGCAUGCAUACAUCAUCGCAGUCCUCACUUUCUGUACCUUACGCGUAAAUACUACUGCAUACACAUAAAGAUAAUUCAAAGGGUCAAUUCACAAUGGCAGCCAGUGCUGACUCUAUCCUCCGCGAGGUCAACAUCCUCGGCGAGCUGAAUGACUCCAACCGUCACAUUCUCAGCAAGGACGCUGCUGUGUUCCUUGCCCUCCUCCACCGCACAUUCAACAACCGCCGAAAGGAGCUCCUGCAAAGGAGAGUUCUUCGCCAGGCUGAGCUUGACAAGGGGAAUCUCCUCGACUUCCUACCGGAGACCAAGCACAUCCGCGACGAUCCCACAUGGAAGGGCGCACCACCGGCCCCUGGUCUCGUUGACCGCCGAGUAGAGAUUACUGGACCGACAGACCGCAAGAUGGUGGUCAACGCACUGAACUCCGAUGUUUGGACAUACAUGGCUGAUUUCGAAGAUUCUACCGCACCAACAUGGGACAACAUGAUCAAUGGUCAAGCCAACCUUUACGACGCCAUCCGCCGCAAGGUGGACUUCAAGCAAGGCGAGAAGGAGUACAAGCUCCGCACCGAUCGCACUCUACCCACACUCAUCGCCCGUGCCCGUGGGUGGCACCUUGAGGAGAAGCACUUCACCGUUGAUGGCGAGGCCAUCUCUGGUAGUCUGUUCGACUUCGGCCUGUACUUCUUCAACAACGCACAAGAACUCGUCAAGCGCGGUUUUGGUCCCUACUUCUACCUGCCCAAGAUGGAGUCGCAUCUUGAGGCCAGGCUGUGGAAUGACGCAUUCAAUCUUGCUCAGGAUUACAUUGGCAUGCGCCGAGGAACCAUCCGUGGUACCGUACUGAUUGAGACCAUCCCCGCUGCCUUUGAGAUGGAUGAGAUCAUCUACGAGCUCCGAGAUCAUUCUUCUGGCCUGAACUGCGGACGCUGGGAUUACAUCUUCAACACUAUCAAGCGUUUCCGCCAGAACCCCAAUUUCAUCCUCCCCGACCGCGACGCCGUCACUAUGACAUCUCCCUUCAUGGAUGCGUACGUCAAGCUCCUCAUCAAGACCUGCCACAAGCGAGGUGUCCACGCCAUGGGUGGUAUGGCCGCACAAAUUCCCAUCAAGAACGACCAGCAAGCCAACGAUACCGCCAUGGCCAAAGUCAAGUCUGACAAGCUUCGUGAAGUGCGCGCCGGCCACGACGGUACUUGGGUUGCGCACCCUGCGCUCGCUAAAAUUGCUAGCGACGUCUUCAAUGAGCAUAUGCCUACGCCGAACCAAAUGCAUAUCCGCCGUGAGGAUGUCAGCAUUUCUGCUAACGACCUGCUCAACAUGAACGUUCCCGGAAAGGUUACUGAGGCUGGUAUUCGCCAGAACCUCGACAUUGGCCUCAGCUAUAUGGAGGCCUGGAUUCGCGGUGUCGGAUGUGUGCCCAUCAACUAUCUCAUGGAGGACGCUGCCACCGCCGAGGUUUCAAGGUCUCAGUUGUGGCAGUGGACAAGGCACGGCGUUAAGACUGCCGAGGGCCAGACCGUCACCAAGGACUACGCGCUCAAGCUGCUGAAGGAGCAGACUGAGAAGCUAAACCAGAAGGCGCCCAAGGGCAACAAGUUUCACGUGGCUGCGAAGUACUUUGAGACCCAGGUUACCGGCGAGGACUAUGCCGAGUUCCUUACAUCCCUGCUGUACAACGAGAUCACAAACGUAGGUUCCUCCAGGCCCGCCUCCAAGUUGUAGACACCAUUUCCUUGCCGUAACGAAUCUUCUUGUAGCUACCAUACCCACCAGCCCAGGUCCAAAGAUGGCCUGUAAGCACAGCAGAAUGCAAAAGCCUGAUUUAAUCAUUUACUGCGCUUGUUUAACUACGUUGUUGACGCUUCGCUCUCGCACUUGCACUUGUUAGCUGUAUCACAUGCUUGUCCGCGAGCUAACUCUUCACCAGCCGGGCGUGCCCACUCCCGCUGCAAAGCUGUGAGCACGUGACGUACCGAGUUACUGCGAGCCGAGGCACGGCGCGAUGGGCUGGUUGACCCAGGGAACUGGGUGGCGUGCGGGGAGCAUGAAAGCAUGGGUCGCUGCAUGUGAUUGACCCGCAUGAGCCUGAAGGAUUGCGAGGCAGGGUUUGCGAUUUACGAACUAGGGACAUUUUGAGCGUUCGUGUUCAUUCUUUAUUUAAAGACCGACU